ACCGUAUCUUCGUUUAUUUUCAGAUUUGGACAAUCAUGGACGCCAUUAUCCGCUGUCCUUUCCUGUCCCGCGUCCCCCAGACGUUCCUCCAGCAGGCGAGGAAGACUCUGGUGAGCUACGCCGUGAAAUGCCCCGUUAUGAUGGACCUGGCGUCCAAACCGUUCGCCCGCUCCAUCUGCUCCUCUUCCUCUGUCUUCCAGAAGAGUGAUGAUGUCAUCAACAUGGAUGCUAAAAAAGCCCUUGAAAUGCCGCCGGGUCACCCCACACCCCCAGUGGGAGUGACUGCGUCUAAAUGCCCCUUCCUGGCAGCAGAAAUGGGGCAGAAGAACAGCGGUGUGGUGCGUGAGGCCAGCAUGGAUCUGCAGGAGGACGUCUCAGAGAUCCGCACCCUGCAGCAAGAUGUGUCGGCGCUGGAGCUGGUGAAGAGCGUGAAACCUGAUGGGAUUCUGAUGAAGAAACUGAUGAAGCAGCGUCCAGCGAUGGUUUCACAUCUGCUACAGGAGAACAUGCCUAAAUCCGUGUCCAACUUUCGCUAUGACGAAUUCUUUGAGAAGAAGAUUGAGGAGAAGAAAAAUGACCACACGUACCGUGUGUUUAAACGUGGGUAUAAAACGUAUUAAACGCGAGUUAUGAAGAACAAAGUCAUAAAUAAAAUAACUUGGUGGAUU